AUGAGAUGUAAAACAUACGAUAACUAUGACUCUUUUAAAACAUUAUAAUCUCCCCGUCUUCAUCCAUUUCGAUAGCACAAGAGUUCUAAAUCAGAGGACAUAGAUAUGUUGCAAUUUCAGAACAUGAAUUACUCUUCAGUGCAUGAAGUUUCCCUCAACAAUGAUUAAAAUGAAUUAAUCAAGAAAUAGGAAGAAUAAAUCCAUUAGCUGCAACAUCAAGUUGAAGUGCUUGAAAAGAUGAUUGCAAAUUAUGCAAACGUACAAAGACUAUAAACAUUUGUGUCAUAAGUCUUUAAUGAGAUCGGCUUGAUAAACAAGGAAAACAUAUUUGAACCCAAAUUGCAUUCACUUUGCUUAAUCAAAAUAAACGAAUAGAAACUCAAACUAAAGGAACAAAAUAAAUUUAUUUCUUGCUUAAAAGACCUAGUAGUGUCAUGCUCCCCUCCUGACUAUUUUUCAGCAGAUCAAAUGCCUAAUCUUAAAUAAAUCUGGAGGUGCAUCAAAGCAAUGCUAGCUGAAUGCAUCGAAAAUAAAAGAAUAAAUUAAGAACAGCAACAACUGAUAUCGUAGUUAACCAAAGGGAUGAUGUCUUAGUCGUAAAAGUAAAUGAUGCAAACUUUAACUAGAAAUAAAUUAAAUUGA